CAUAACGAGAGAGGACACGAAGAGAGGACAGUAAGAGGCUGAAAGUUUCUUUGAUUAUUUUUUGUUCUGCUCUCCUGGAUUACUUGAGAUUGUCUUUUGGUACACUCUGCAGAACCCUGCAUGUGCCAGUGACACUGUGUGCAUCCUCUCAUAGCUGUCUUGCAUUUAUGCCUGUUUGCACAUGUGUAGUAUUUCAUAGCUGCAGUUAACAGAAUCUGUGUGAGACACGCAGAGAGGAUGGGAGCCCUUCGCUUGUCUCUUGCUCUCCUCCUGCUCCUCUCCUCUCCUGUAAGGGCUCAGUGGUGGAGUUUCCUCUGGUCAAACUCAAAAAGCAGCCCCAGCUCUUCUCCUCCCUCUGUUCCCCCCUCCAUCACCUCUCCAUCCAUCAUCUCACCGGGCCCUUCUGACAUCCCGGGAACAACGGAGUGGGUGGGAAAGGAGGACGAGAUGAAGGAGAAAGCUCCAGAGGGUAGCACUCAAACAGAGACCCCUACGCUCCGCCCAGCAGUGUCAAUUUCUGGCCACAGCACUGAAGCACCUGGGACCCCACCUCAAGAUGAGAACACAGGUGGAAACAGCAACGGCAGAUCUCAAUACAAACCACUGAAACACUGGAAGAGUGAGCGAGGCUCAGGAGGUCAUCUGGACCUGACGGAGUUGAUAGGCGUCCCCCUCCCUCCGUCGGUCUCCUUCACUCCUGGCUACGAGGGUUUUCCAGCCUACAAUUUUGGGCCUGAAGCCAACAUCGGCCGGCUCACCAAGACCUUUGUGCCAGGGUCAUUCUACAGGGACUUCGCCAUCAUUGUCACGGUGCGUCCAGCCAACCAGCGAGGAGGUGUGCUCUUUGCCAUCACAGAUGCCCGUCAGAAGGUGGUGGAGCUGGGUUUGGCCCUCACUCCAGUCCGUGGGGGCCUCCAGAGCAUCUUACUGUACUAUACUGACAGAGAGCAAGCCUCCCACAGCCACAAAGCUGCUACCUUCAGUGUCCCAGACAUGACUGACCAGUGGACACGAUUCACAGUGGUGGUGGAGCACGAAGAGGUGCGUCUCUACAUGGACUGUGGCGAGGCCGAGAGGACUACCUUCCAUCGAAGACCAGAAAGACUUGCUUUCUCACACAACUCAGGCAUUUUCGUUGCAAAUGCAGGAAGCACGGGGCUUGACAAGUUUGUGGGAUCUAUUCAGCAGCUGGUGAUUAAAGAUGAUCCCAGAGCAGCUGAGGAGCAGUGUGAAGAUGACGAUCCUUAUGCCUCAGGAUACGCCAGCGGAGACGAUGCUCUGGACGACAGAGAGACAGAGGAGGAAAUGAUGAAGAACACACAGGAGAGAAAACACGGCACAGCACAGGAGGAGGACAGCUUCCCAGUCAGAGCACCGCCCACUGAGGCUCCAGAGGUGGAGCUUGAUGAGUAUUCAGGUCAUCAGACCCCAACAGAGGCCACUAAAGAAAUGAUGGCAAAAGGGCCACCACGGACAGAGGAGCCAGGGGAGAGAUCAGAAGACGGUCACGUCAAGCAUGGGUUGAAAGGAGAGCGAGGGGAUCCUGGACCCAGAGGCCAUCCUGGCCCACCUGGUCCCCCAGGCAUCACCCCCUCAGUUAGGCAAGGUCAGCCCGGACCAAGAGGGCCACCAGGACCACCAGGGAACCCUGGACACACGGGACAACCAGGGAGAGAUGGACAGCAGGGAAGACAGGGUGAUAAAGGAGAUCCAGGUCAGAAAGGAGCGCAGGGAUUUUCAGGUUUGGACGGAGAACCUGGAACCAAAGGAGAGAAGGGAGACCCAGGAGUUGGUUUACCAGGCCCCCCUGGCCUCCCUGGACCUCCUGGACCCCCCAGAUCACGCAGUGUACCCUACGGAGCGGAUGCCCUGGGUUCUGGGUUUGAAGACCAGGACAGUGACACUGAACUCAUCAGGGGUGUUCCUGGUCCACCAGGGCCUCCAGGACCUCCUGGUCCCCCUGGACCCGGCUUGUCAUCAUCUGAAACAGCUGAAGGCUUCUCUCCUGGGCACACUGGACCACCUGGUCCCCCUGGCAAAGACGGGCUCCAAGGCAAACCUGGAAUACCAGGUCCAGCAGGAGAAGAUGGGGCUCCAGGUUUACCAGGAGCUGAAGGAGAGAAGGGUGAUCAAGGGUUACCUGGGUCACCUGGACCAAAGGGCGAAUGUGGAGGUGAGGGCCUAGGAGGGCCUCAAGGGCCGCAAGGGCCCAGCGGUCCACAGGGAAGGAGAGGCCCAUCAGGUCCACCUGGACCCCCUGGGCCCCCCGGACCUCCAGGAACCAAAUUCUUUGUAGAGGAUAUGGAGGGAUCUGGCAAGAGUGAUGCGCUCAUUAGAGGUGGAGUCAGAGGUCCACAGGGUCCCCUUGGCCUACCUGGCCCACAAGGCCCUAAGGGUGAGGAUGGAGCCACAGGUGCUCCAGGGCUCUCUGUCAAGGGUGAACCAGGGGACCCAGGACCAGAGGGUCUUCAGGGUCCUGCUGGAUUACCAGGUGCAAGGGGAGUCAAAGGAGAAAAAGGCAGUGAAGGAACUAAGGGUGAACGUGGCGUUGAUGGACUCAGUGUCCCAGGACCACCUGGACCUCCUGGACCUCCUGGACCCACCAUUAAUCUACAAGAUCUGCUCCUCAAUGAUACAGAUGGUAUCUUCAACUUCACAGGGAUCAGGGGACCACCAGGACCCAUGGGCCCUGAAGGCUUGCCUGGCAGAGCUGGAUUUCCUGGCCCCAGAGGACCAAAGGGAGACACAGGCCCUCCAGGUAUCCAUGGGCCAGCAGGGCAUAAGGGAGAGAAGGGUGAGCCAGGGGUGACCAUUGCUGCUGAUGGAUCCAUCUUAUCAGCACCGAGAGGCCCUCAGGGGCCCAAAGGCAUCAAGGGUGACCGUGGGUUCCCUGGACAUGCUGGACUUAUGGGUCCAAUGGGACCUUCUGGACAAAAAGGAGAAUAUGGCUUCCCUGGUCGCCCGGGACGACCUGGUAUGCCUGGGAGGAAAGGGGACAAGGGAGAUUCUAUUGGCCUGCCGGGACCUCCAGGUCCACCAGGUCCACCUGGACUUCCAGGAAGAAUUCUUGGACUGAAUGGAACAGUGUUUCCGGUGCGCCCCAGACCGCACUGCAAAAAGGGACGAGACUCGGUAACAGGGGGAGAUUCAGUUGGAGCUAAAGGAGACAAAGGAGAUGCGGGAAUACCUGGAGAACCAGGCACACCUGCGCCCGGGUUUCCUGAUGGAGUUGUGGGUGCUAAAGGUGAUCAGGGAAACAAAGGUGAGAAGGGAGAAAAGGGUGACUCAGGCCUUCCUGGUCCUCCAGGACUGCCAGGGAGAUCAGGACUUGUGGGUCCAAAAGGUGAAUCCAUUGUGGGUCCUCCAGGUCCUAUUGGUUCUCCUGGCCAGCCUGGACCCUCUGGGUUCGGACGCCCUGGUCCCCGAGGGCCACCUGGCCCUGCUGGACCCCCAGGACCUGCACCUGCAUAUGGAUCAGUUGUCAGUAUACCUGGCCCUCCUGGUCCUCCUGGUGCCCCAGGUUCUCCAGGUUAUGCCAACCCGGUGACCACCUAUAAGACGAGCCACGCUCUGACCAGAGAGACUCAUCGUGCUGCAGAGGGAACCCUGGCGUACGUGUCUGAGGGUGAAGGAGAGCUUUACAUCAGAACACACAAUGGUUGGCGCAAGAUUCAGCUUGGAGAGUUAAUCCUUCAUGGACCAUCAACCUCAGCAGCAUCUCAGUCCCUCAGCAGACCUGGAGAAUGGAGCAGACCACACAGGAGCCACAGCCAGGAGCUACAGGAGGGCAGUAGAGGAUAUCAGCCCAGCUAUAACGUGCUGCCACAGAGCUUCAACGCUGUUCCUGGGCUCCAUAUCGUAGCUCUGAACACCCCGCUGAAAGGAGAUAUGCGAGGCAUCCGUGGGGCAGACUUCCAGUGCUACCAGCAGGCUCGCGCCAUGGGGCUAACAACCACCUACAGGGCUUUCCUGUCCUCACACCUCCAGGACCUGGCAACCAUCGUGAGGAAGUCGGACCGCACUGACAUGCCCGUGGUUAAUCUUAGGGGUGAGGUGUUGUUCAGUAGCUGGAUGUCCAUCUUCUCUGGGAACGGAGGCAUGUUUAACCCGUCCACACCUAUCUACUCUUUCGAUGGACGCAACGUGAUGACUGAAUCAGCUUGGCCAGAGAAGAUGGUAUGGCACGGCUCCAGUCCCGUAGGAAUCCGUCUGACCACUAACUACUGCGAGGCGUGGAGGACGGGUGACAUGGCGGUGACGGGCCAGGCUGCGCUGCUGCAGACAGGACGCCUGUUAGGACAACACACCCGCUCCUGCUCCAACCACUACAUAGUGCUGUGUAUAGAGAACACAUACGUUGGGAACACACAUGAAAGGAGGACCUGAGUAGACAGAGGAAACACAAACACACACACACACACACACACACACAUAAACACACAUGCAGGCAGGUUGACAGUGCAGAGCAGAAUGUGAUACAGUGCACAUGAAUGGGAACACACACAGGCACAUACACACAUUAUGAUCAUCAUCACCAUUUGCAUAGAAAUUACAAGUACACAGACUUUUGUUCACACAUGCAAACACGCAGAUAAACUCACAUGUUAACAUGCAGAAGCAAGCUCCUACACGAACGUAACACACAUCAAGACACACACACGUUGUUCAAUUUAAUCUUUAUUUCACACCUGAACCCAUAAUGUUGCCACGCAUCCGUCCAAGUUUAGAUUUCAAUUAUUUAUAUUCAGCACACAUCUAACAGUGCAUCUUAUAGUUCACAGCGGGUCAUCACACAGGACAGGUUACACUAUUUGUUGUUUUGGGAUAUCAGGCACUGACACAAACUGAUCUGAAUAGAAAUGAUGAUGGCAUGAAGGCACAUACUAGUGCUACAAAUUCAAAUUCACGUCAUAGUUUCAUAUGUUUGGGUGUGUUUUUCAGUUCCAGGCAGCCAUUGGUUUCCAUCCAUCUCCCUACAGUACAAAAAUGUAUGUAAUAUUUUUCGUCGGUGUUGUUACUGUUGCAUGGUAAUGGAGUUUUAUGCAAUUUCAAAAUGCAUUACCUCACAACAAUAAUAUCAUUUUGACAAAAACAUUUGUUUCAUACUGUACAGAAAUGAAGGUAAACCAAUGGAUCACAUUACUAGAACUGAUUCAUUUAAUAUCUUUUUUUUAAUGGAGGAAUAAAGGUAAAAAUGCUCCAUGUACAAAAUUUUACAUGCCAUGACAGUGUUGUAGUUUAGACAAAAGCUGUUUCUUAAAAAGAGAAGAAACAUUUACACCGCAGAUUGUGACUGAGUUUUCAGGUUAUGAUAGAAAUAAGAUAAUCAGGUAUGAGUAACUUAGAAUUAUGAUUUCUCUUUAAAGGAUAAGGCUGCAAUAUUCAGCAUUUUUGUUAUUGUCAUCAAAUCCCCUGAGAAAACUAAAACUAACUGUCUCUAAAGACUUUCCAACUUACCCACUCUGUGUGUGGCUCUCAGCCCCAAGCCCAUUGAUUGCUAAUGAAGAUGUAAAUCUUUUAAAAUGAGUCAUAAAUA